GAGCAGAGCACGUAUAGGAUCGUGUUGCGAUCAUGGCCUUCGACAACUACCUGUACCCGGUUGCCAGGAGGGACGAGAUCGUGGACAAUUACCACGGAAACAUGGUCACCGACCCCUACCGUUGGCUCGAGAAUCCCAACUCGCCCGAGCGCAUGGAGUUCGUGGAGAGGCAGAACGCUAUUACCCAGCCGUACCUGGAAAACUUCAAUGACAGGCAGAAAAUCAAGAGUCGCCUCAGGCAGCUCAUGAACUUUCCAUGUUACUCGUGUUCCUUGCGCCGUGGCGACCGCUAUUACUUCUCCAAAAGCUCUGGCCUCCAGAAUCGGAGCGUGCUGUACGUGCAGGAUGGUUUAUACGGCGAGGCAAAAGUUUUUUUGGACCCGAAUGAGCUGUCCAAGGAUGGCUCAAUGGUGCUGACUCAACCUGCGUUCUCCGAGGAUGGCAAAACCAUGUGUUACGGCCUGAGCAAAAGCGGUUCAGACUGGACCACCAUCCACUUUAGAGACACCGAAACAGGGCUUGAUUAUCCAGAGGUGCUGGAAAAGGUCAAGAUUUCCCCGUUGACGUGGUCGCACGACAACAAAGGAAUUUUUUAUGCCAUGUGUCUGGAAAAGCAGGGAAAAGUGGCGAUCAAGUACCAACAGCUGUACUACCAUAGGGUUAACACCCCACGGUCGGAGGACGUUUUGGUCGUCCAGUUCCUCGACGAUCCGUGUAUCAUGAUAGAUGCCGUUGUGUGCCACUGUGGCAAUUACCUGAUUGUCUUGCCGCUCUAUGGCAAGGGGAAUAUGGUGUUCUUUGCUAAGAUCGGCUCUCUGCCUGAUGGACCUCGAGGACCGCUGCCUCUCACCCAAAUCGUGCACAAAAUGGAGUCUGGCUAUGAGUACGUGACAAACGUGGGGUCCGAGUUCAUCUUCCGGACAAACAAGGACGCGCCCAACUACCGUUUGGUCAGCAUCGACCUGAAAAAUCCGAGAAUGGACCAGUGGAGGACCCUGGUGGCCGAGCACCCAAAGGACGUGCUCAAAUGGGCCGUCCUCUCAAACAAAGACAAACUCGUCGUUUGCUACUUCCACGACGUCAAAAGCGUGCUGCAAAUCCGAGAUUUAGCCACCGGAGAUCUGAUCACGCAGCUGCCCCUGGAUAACGGCAUGGUGUCCGGCGUGUUGGAAAAUAGGAAGUACCCGGAAUUAUUCUUCGAGUUCUACUCGUUCCUCACGCCGGGAGUGAUUUACAUGUGUGACCUGUCAAAGCCGAUCAUCGAGCCUGUGCUGUACAGAAAAGUCGAGUUGAAGGACUUCGACGCGUCGUUGUACAUUACGAAGCAGGUGUUCUAUGGGAGCAAGGACGGCACCAUAGUGCCCCUGUUCAUAGUGCACAAGAAGGACUUGAAGAGGGACGGCAGCAGUCCAUGCCUGCUGUAUGGAUACGGAGGCUUCGGCAAGAGCAUUCUGCCCACCUUCCACGCCAGAAGACUGGUCUUCAUGCAGCAUUUCAAUGGAGUCUUCGCCGUUGCCAACAUAAGGGGCGGGGGAGAGUACGGCGAGUCGUGGCACAACGCUGGUCGUCUGUUCAACAAGCAGAACGGUCUGGACGACUUCCAGGCCGCGGCCGAGUACCUGAUCUCGGCGAGAUACACGAGCAGCGCCCAUCUGACGAUCGAGGGGGGCUUGAUCGGCGGCCUGCUGGUGGGGGCGUGCAUCAACCAACGGCCGCAGCUCUUCGGCGCCGCCAUCGUGCAAUUCGGAGUGCUUGACUUGGUUCACUUCUGCAAGGUCAAUUCCGGCACCGCGUGUAUGUCCGAGUACUGCAACCCAGACGACCUUCCCCAGAUCUCUUGCUACCUGGGUCUUCACUUCCGCAAGCUGCUGGACAUCUCGCCGCUGCACAACAUCAGGGUGCCGGACGAAGAUGCUCCGAAGAAUUUGUUCGAGAGGCCCAGCCCCAUGCAGUAUCCGGCCACGCUGCUGCUCACCGCCGACCACAAAGAGCCCCUCCACUCUCUCAAGUUCAUCGCCCAGCUGCAACACACCCUGCGCUACCAACCUGUCCAGAUGAACCCGCUGCUCAUCAAGGUACAGACCAAGGCUGGACGUGGUAACGACAAACCCACUACUGCCGAUGAGAUUGAAUGGGACACGGACAUUCUCUCGUUCAUCGGGCGUUCUCUGAACAUCGAGUGCGUCUUCUGA